CAGGAAGGCACAGAACAUGGAGAAUGAUGAAUUUUCGCCAGCGGAUGGAAUGGAUUGGAGUGGGAUUGUACCUGUUAGCAAGCGCAGCAGCAUUUUACUAUGUGUUUGAAAUCAAUGAGACUUACAACAGACUGGCCUUGGAACACAUCCAGCAGCACCCCGAGGAGCCACUUGAAGGAACCACGUGGACACACUCCUUGAAGGCUCGGUUACUCUCCCUGCCGUUCUGGUUGUGGACGGUGAUUUUCCUGAUACCUUACCUGCAGAUGUUUUUGUUCCUAUAUUCUUGUACCAGAGCUGACCCCAAAACGGUGGGCUACUGCAUUAUCCCGAUAUGCUUGGCAGUUAUUUGCAAUCGCCACCAGGCAUUUGUCAAGGCUUCUAAUCAGAUCAGCAGACUGCAGCUGAUUGACACAUAGUCUCGGUCACCAUUUUCCCCUUAUGACUACAGAACUGCCAGUGCCGGCGGGACCUGAUCACAAGACGCAGUUUUCCACAGAUCUCAGGAAGUUGUGGUGGGGCAGAGGCCCUUUACACAGUGUGACUAGGGGGCUGUCUUUAUCUGACUAAUGGGUUUUUAGGUGAAGCCUGAGACAAGUCCUAACA